GUCGAUUUGCAGAAAGUACACAAAUGUCACGUCCAUCCAUCCAUCCAUCGGUGUCUGUCUGGCACACCGCCGACCAUGGCAUCCAUCCGGCUGUCUGCCACACACACGUCCUACACCUUACAAAGUACUCCACACACACUACACACACAGUGGCUGAGGUAUCCGUCUCUUGCUCACAUUCGUCCUUCCAUCCAUCCAUCCAUCCAUCCCAUAGAUAAAGAAACGUCACGAUCCGUGGGGAUCAAUGCGAUAGACACACUCUCUCGGGUAACAAGGCAGCUCGGUGGGUCGGUGGCUGGGUGUCGCUGUACAACUAUCAAGGCAGGUGGUGUGGACAAGUAAGUCGUGUCAAGAAGAACGAGAAAGCCAAACCAUCCCUCUCUCAUAUCGAUCUAUUCAUCCCCCCGCCAUUCCAUCUUCAGUCGUCAUAGCUCCAGCCGGCCAUUCCCUGCUGCUGCUCCACCACCCGGCUGAUCUUGCUAUACAGCAGUCGCAUCAGACUCGCAGACGUGCACGGGAUCUGAUACGCCGUACCACUCUUGACCCUGCACACAACACACACACACACACACUCACACCUUUGCUCAUGUGUGUGUGUGUGUGUGUUGCUGAGAGUGUCUGACCUGAUGAUGACACCGUGCGACGAGACCCUGACGUCAGCGAUGUCGGAGAUCUUGACCUGCCACCGCCGCCGUGCGGUGGGCCCCCUGUCGGUGCUGUAGCUGGUGCCACUGGCAUAUGUGUGGUCGGCAUCGCCCCCGCCCAGGUCGGUGUAGGCCAGGUACUUGGGGUAGAAGAGCAGUGCCAGGUGCUCCAUCUGGGCCCCCUUGGUCGUGCCCCAGAAGUCGGUGCUCCCGCCCGUAGGCACCACCGUCGCUGAGCUCGUCUGCGCCCUGCCAGCCAUCAGCACAUGCAUUGCAAUGCAGAGAAAGACAUACCCACACGCGCAGAGAGUGCGUGCGUACUUUCUGACGGUAAUGCAGUCGAGAAUGUUCUUGGCGAGUCCCAGGCCGAGGGUCUCCCGAAGCUCAGCUUCCUCCGAGCUGUACUCCCUGAUAUCAAUCAUCACAUCCAUUCAUUACAUGUGCGUGUCUGUCUGUGUUGCCAUUCCCCCCACCCACCUGAUGGCGCCUAGCUCUCCCCAGAGCAUCCUGGGUUUCCUCCUUCGCUCGCUGCGCGCCUUCUGGCCGCCCAUGAGUGGCUUCUGCAGGUCUGCACUCACCCCCUCGGCCAGGCUGCUGAAGGCCUGACCGACCUUGUCCAGCGGCUUGACCAGCGUGCCCAUGACGCCCUUGCCGAUGCCCUUGACGAAGCCCUUGAGGCCCUCCCGCUGGGCGCCCUCGAUCGGCUUGGUCACGAUGUUGGUCACCGACAGGAUGCCCUCGCCCACGUUGCGGCCGAAGUUGACGAACCCCUCGCCCACAUUCUGCGCACGGCGGGAGCGCAGCUCCUUCUGUCUUUUGUUGAUGUACUCCCUGUCGAAGGUGAGCUGCCCGACGAGGUUGGACGUCUCGCCCAGGAGGUCCUUUGCGGCGGUGAAUGCAAAGCCGAUGGUGGUCUUGCCGAGCUCGAGGGGAAUCUUGGGCACGUUGAGCAGCGACGAGUGGCCCAGGAUGGGCAGCAGACAGCCCAGCACCUUCUGGUUGUACUUGUCCGCGAAGGUCGUCAUGAACGUGUUGACGCUGCCACGAACGUUGGCGAGAUUCUCCUCCUCAAGACAUAUGGGCGCACCCUGAUAGACCACACACAUGGAAAGCGGGUUCUCAACCAUCGCUCUUUCUCCAGGCACGGACCUUGAGCUCGAGUGUGCCGCUGAAAGAGAUCAUCUGUAUGGCGAGCUUGAUGACGUCGGGCAGGAAGUCGACGCGGCGCAGUGCGAGGGAGACCCAUGUGAAGAGGGUGAACUUGGGGACGUACAGCUGCUCGAGUGUGAGGACGCCCGGCAGGGGCGGGGGCGUGUAGCCGUCGUGGAUGGGCUUGCUGUUCCACGAGAGGAUCUCGCUCUUGGUGAAACCUGUCGAUGAGGUGCCACCGAUGGACUCCAGGCACUCAGUGACGAAACCCUAGGGGGACACACAGAGACACACACGACGCCAUCCAUCACCUCCCAUUCUGCUGCUCUUCCCUGUCAUAUAUACCGAAAGUCCGUUGAGCAUCCAGUCAUCGAACUCCACCUCAAGGUUGUCCACAAACAGGUGCGCCGCCUGGAUCACCAAGUCGCUCUGGCUCGACGCGAACCCCCUGUCGAUGAACAGCGACAGAAACGGGCAGUACCCGUCGGUACCCACCACCUCCGUCACACCCUCUGCCACGGCAGCUGACGCGCUCGACGCGCCUGAUGCCUCGGCGCCGCGAAGGCCGCGGUUGGCGAGGAGGACGGGCUUCUCGGAUGCCUCGAGCUGGCUGUCGAUCUGAAUGUCGCUGAUCUCGAAGUUGAUGCGCUGGUUCUCGCCCUUUUGGCACAUCACAAACGUGACCUGCUGCAUCUCGGCGAAGAGCAGCUCCUCGCGGAGGGCGUCAGACACACACGAGAGACCGAUCUGACGGCCAAGACACACACACAUUCACCAAACAGGCUGAUUGAUGCUGCCCCCACUUUCUCCCCCUCCCUGUCUCUGUCUCUUUGUGCGUAGACAGUCUGUGUGGGUGUACCUGUCCAAGAGUGAUCUCGUACUGCAGGCUGACGUCCUUGAUGUCGGGCUUUGCGGGUGCGUCCCUCCCCGCAGCAGUCGUGCCCGUCGGCUGGUCGGCCACAGCCAAGGCGUCCACGGUCUGUGUGUGGUCCUCUCUGUGUCCAUGCUGCUGCUGCUGCUGCUGGGGGUGGUGGGGGUGGUGGGGCUGGUGGUGGGGCUGCUGCGUAUGGGCGAUCUCCCUGUCCUCGCCGCUCUUGCUCCUGGCCCCUCGUGUGAAGGCGUUGAUGGAUGCCAGCAUGAGGUUCUUCUCGCGGAUGAUGUCCUGAAGGCGUCGGCGCUGCUUGGGCCUGACCUCGAUGAUGGUGAGGUCGCCCCGCUUGUCGGUGGAGAUCCACACGCGCUCGUGGAUGCCCAUCGACUGCAGAUCUGAUAUCUCAUACCUGUCAAUUAAUCGAUGGUGGACACAAACACGAUGAGUGAGUGAAAGCAGUGAUGGUUUUCGCUGUGCUGCCGGUGAGAUUCUCACCUCUUUGGUUGGAAGCCGACUGAUUUGAGGUUGAGGACCAGGGGCAUCUUGGGGGCGACCGUCUGGCUGUCAAUCACCAGCACCAAACUCACCUAAACACACACACACACACACACAGAGAGAGAGAGAGAGAGAGCAGAGAGGCAGGUGAUAUGCACCACCCCCCCACACACCACACCUGGCUGGCUGCCGGUCUCUCUGUCGUUUUGUUCCCCACAACAGACCUGUCUAGAGGUGUGUGUGAAGGGGUGCGUCCACCCAACCACCGCCCUGUCCUUGACUUGGAAGAAUAUCUCCAGCUCCGGGGGCAGGUGUGUGGCCUUGGAAGUCCCGUGGCCCCGGGCCUGCUGCAUCUCGGGGUGGAACGGCAUCACCACCACGCCCUCCAGGAAGGGACACCGGUUCACCACCACAAAGGCGUGGGGCGACGCCUCCGCCGGCCGCACCGUCACGGUCUUGACGCCACGGUCGGGACUCACCUGCACACAACACAUACAGAUCGCCAUUUGUUCUGCGUCGGUGGGCGGGGGCGUGCCUGACCUCGAUGGCCAGGACGGAGGGAGUUCCCUGUUCGCUGUUGAGUACGGCGAGUGAGGUGCAUCCGGUGGUCUCCUCUGAGGCCACAAUGGGCCCCGACCACAGGCAGCCGUCGGGCUUCUCGGGGCGGAUCUGGAAGGCCAAAGGCUGCUUCUCGUCAGACCAGUAGAUGGGCCGCGUCUCACCGGCCGGCACUGACCAACAAGACGACACACACGCCCAUUCUCGCCUCGCCCAUGUGUGUGUGUUUGUGUGUGCCUGACCGCACCCUCUCACCUGCAAUGGUGACGUCGUGUCUGGGGGCGUGUGUGUGGACCUGCCUGACGAGCAGCUGUCCGUCGAGCUCGUUGGAGAGCAGCAUGAGCGGGACGAGUGUGACGAUGCGGCUCAUGGCGCCGGCCGUCUCGUUGAGGGCCACCUUGUCGGCGUGCAGGCAGAACGUGAACGCCUGACCCGCGCCGGAAACGGCCGUCUCGCUGAAGCCCCCCAAAGUGGGGAUCUCGGCCACGCACCUGAUUGACGCAGUCGGCACAAACAGGCAUAUGCUGUGUGUCGCUGUCUUGUGUGUGCGGCGUCUGGCUGACCUGGGUGGUUCCUUCGUGCCGUGUCCUGCCCGUAUCCAAUAGCGCUCGGGCAGCAGCAGCUCCACUUGAGGUUUCUGAUCCAUCAACGUGAUGAACAUCCGUCCAUACAUGCACCAGACACACUCGUGGUGGUGGUGCAUUGAGAUUCACCCACCUCUGACGGCCCCAACAGGAAUAUGUUGUUGAAGUCGGGCAGCCGACGACCGCCGAGUGUGGGCUGGAUGCCCAAGCCGGUGCGGUCCACAAACCACCUACACACACACACACACACACACAGGGGGUGGAAGGUCGGGCUUGCUCAUGGGUGCAGAGGGCUGGCCGGCCUCACCCCACCUGGGUGCAGAAAUGACGACAGAGUGUUGCCUGGGGUCGAUGAGAGCGAGGCUGGCCCCGCCCGAGAGCGCCUUGGGCCCCCUGUACACCUGCAGCUCCACCGGCGCCUGCAGCUUGGACGGCAUCAGCACCUCCUGCACCGGAUCCUGCUCACACAACACACACAACACAUGACCUCCCCUCCGCCCCUCCCCCCCUCCCUCCCCCUCUCUCUCUCUCUCUCUCUCCACACCUUUGGCACGUCGGUGAUGUCUUCAAUGGGUUUUGACCACUCGGCGUCGUCCAGUGCCGAGAACCGCAAAGCCAUGUUGAUGGGUGCUUGAGGUGCGGGUGAGACCUCGUAGACGAAAAAGGACGAGUGCGGCACCAAGGUGGCGUUGAAGUUGAUGGGCCGCUGCUGGGCGGGGGCCGCUGCGCUGGUGGUGGUGGUGGUGUUGGUGCGGAUCGGCUGCUGCCGGAGGUUGACAUCCAGCGUGGUGGGGGUGCCGUUGACACUGACACAUGGAGAGGGAGGGAGAGAGAGAGAGAGAGUUCAAUGGUGGGUGUUGUGCUGUGUUUUGUGUGUGGGAGGCGGCUUACAGUGUGAGAGCGGGGUAGAUGUGCACGGUGAUGAGCUUGAUCUCCGCCGGCAGGGGAGACGCCUUCCUGCACUCAUCCACACCAACAGCAACACCAACACACACACACAGAGACACAGAGACACUUCAUGAGCUCCUGGCCUUUCCCUCCCCCACCCCUAACUCACGAUUCGACAUUGAUGUGGUAGCUGAGAUACAUUGUCCUCUUCUCGUACUGAAUGACCGACGUCUUGAUGCUGCUCCUCCCAGCAUGCCGCUCAGUGUCGAUCAGCUCCGAGAAGGCCGCCCCGCCCGUCAGCUCAGUGCCCGGGCGGAGAGGGCGGCCUUGCAAAGCCGCCGGACGGAAACACAUCAUGGCCCUGCGCACACACACACACGCACAGACACACACGAGAGAUGCAGCAACGAUCAGCGUGCGGUGUGUUGUACGCUCACCUUGCAGCAGAGAGGCAGCACUCCUCAGGCACGGUGAGGAAGUGCCCGUGCGGCACCACCACGCGCGUCGUGACGGCGGCCUUCCCACCCGAUGAGGAGGGGGGCGGGGGCGGCGGUUGUGCGCUCUCGGGCAUCUUGAGCAGCCAGUGGGGCGACGCAUUCACCUCUCUGUACUCGCCCGCCUCGUUCACCGUCGGACUCAGCAGAGUCAGCGGCGCCACCCUCUCCCUCAGUGCCGGGAAAGGCACCACCCUCAGCUGCGGGUCGAGAAAAGCGAAUUCCAGGGGCAUGCCCGACCUGUUGUAGACUUUGAUAGGGGUGGUGAUCAUCAUCAGCUUGAAGGAUGGGUGGGGCGAGAGCACCUCACACAGCGGAGGGGGCGGCCGGGGGGCCUGGGGCUCGCCCGACAAGCCGGCCGUGUGUGUGUGCGUGUGGGUGUGAGAGGCGGGGGGGCUGACGAGUGAGGGCGGGAUGCACACGCAGCUGUUGCGGGAGAGGGGCACCGGCACCAGCCCGGCUUUGCCCUUGAGCUUCUGUGGGAUGACUGAGUCCCAUGGCAGCCCCAGGGGCAGGUCGUCGCGGACCGUGCCGGAGAGGAGGUUGUCUUGGGUCUGAACGGGGUCUCGCGUGAGGAGGAGGUCGCGGUGAAUGAGCUCCCGCCGCACUCGGGGGAAGGUGCUCUGGAGCUUGGACACCUCCUCCUCUGGAACGGCCUCGGAUAUGUACAAGUACCUGAGUGGGACACACACACACACACACAGAUUUCCAUGACUCCACCUACGGAUGUGCGUGUGUCUGUGUGUGUGGCUGGGUAUCUUACUUGCCGCGGUCUGCUGUGUGUCUGAGUGCCUCGGCAGAGGUGCCCCCCGCCACGAGAGUGUCCAGCGGGGCCUCCACCACACACGGGGGCAAGCUCAGGCUCAUCCCAAACCCUAUCCUGUCUCGGUUCUCGGGCUUCUCCUCCAUACCCUCACCACCACCACCACUUGACGCCGCCCCGGCCGCUUGCUGUUGUGUGCCGGUGGUGGGACCCUCUGACGGCUCCAGGGCGGGGAAGGCCUUGUAGGACCGUGAGGUCAGAUUGACCCAGCGGAAUGCGGCGCUGCGGGCGUACUUGGCCUCCUCGUCCUCUGUCUCCUCCUCGGCCUUGCUCUCGACGGUGGUGCUGGUGAGGUUCUGCAGCAGAUAGGGCACGAACCAUAUCAUCAGCUGGCACAGCUGCGGCGUGACGUUGAUCCACAGAGGGGCCGGGCUGCCCAGCUUGACCAGUGUCUUGGGGUUGAACCCCUCCCAGGGGUCCUUGGCCUUUUUGGACGCACUGCUGCUGCUGCUGCUCGACGAUCCACUCGCCUUGGUGUCCUGCCCCCCGGCUGCUAUGGGUGGCGGGCACCUGCUCUUCGGCACGGCAGCUGGUCUGGUGCCACGGCCCACUGAGUCGAGAGGCGGCGGCUUGUUCUUGUAGUUCUUGUAGACGAGGUUGAUGCGACUGCGCUCUAGGAAAGGCUCCCACUCGCCCACACGUGGGUUGAGGUACUCGAUCUUGGUGGCCAGGUCGCUGAGCGAGACGGUCAUGGCAGAUGGGUCGAGGACGGUGCGCACCGAACCGAUGGCCACGUUGAGGCGGACAACUGGCACCACUGUCGGCCUGCACUCACACACACACGGAGAAUGCAUGGAAGCAAUGGGUCAAUUUGCGUGUAUGAGUCACCUCAGAUCGUCGAGCAGCGAGCAGUUGGCCCCCUUGACACACACGUCCACCAGCACCAUCAUGCCCUUGGCCGCGGCGGCGGUCCCCUCCCCACCCGCCUCCUCCAGCUUACUUCCAGAAGUAGACCGGCCGCUGACGCCGCUGUCGGCCUGUAUCACCUGGCCCACCUUUGGGCUGCCCUCCAGGGGCGACGAUGCCGCCUCGGUGUCAGGCAUGGGCCCCGCGUCUGCGUAGGCGGCGAGCUUCAUCUGUGUGAGGUCGGGGGCCACCGAGGGGGUGUCGGCCAUGAUGUUGGAGAUGGCCGCCAAGACCAGCGCCAGAUCCCGGCUCGACAGACGGACCAAAAACACUGAGAACGGACACAGAGAGAUGGUGAGUGAUGGCCUGUCUGUCGUGUGUCUGAAUGACCCACAUCACCUGGCACGUCGAAUGCGAGUCGCACCUCCGCCUCAUGGUCCGGGGGGCUGAUGUAGGUGCCCCACCCAAGCAGCUGGAAGUUUUCGCACAGCAGCACCUGACUGCGCGUCUGGAACAGGGUGCUUCCGCGGUCGACGCGCUUGCGGCCGUCCGUUGUGGCAGUGACGGCGUGGCUGGGGCCGACGCGAGGCUUGGGCGGCAUCAGUGUCGGCGAGUGCGGCACCGGCGGCUUCUUCUGCAGCCCCAUUGGUGCGUCCUGCUGGAUCUCAAGACGGCUGAUGCUGCAGUCUGCACACACACAUCCACACAGACAAGUAUGUGGUUCUGCGAGUUGGGGAGGGAGGGGAGGGGAGGGGAGGGGGUGUCUGGCGUACUUGAGAAGGCGAUUCGUUCGAUGGCGACGGUUUGGUCUUUCAUGGAUAUGGUGACGUUGAGGUCGGUGGACCCCUGGAUGAGGGGCGAGCUGGGGUUGGCGAUGUCCGUGUACACCUUGAACUUGCCGUGGCGAACUAUCACCUCCACCGACGUCUGCACACACACAUCCAUCCAUCCAUCCACACACGGGAGGCAGAGAUGGUGACCCACACCCCUUCUCCCCCUCUCCCUGACCUCUUUGCUUGGUGGAGGUAUCUCGAUGUCGAGCACGUCUCGGUCAGGAGGCGUGAUAUCCCCUGCCUGCACUGCCUGAGGGCUCACCGGCGGCAGCGGCCCGCGACCCUCAUCCGUGUCCGUCUCUGCCUCCGUCUCGACAUGCACAAUCGGCUUAGGGUACAUAGCCAUGGUGCACAGCGCCCACGCCGAGUUGGCCCACGCCGCGAUGUCCAGCAUCUCCACCAGCAGCACGUAGAUUGUCGGGUUCUCCAGCACCACCUCCAUCGCCAGCCUCUCCUCCCCCUGGCUCAGGACGAAGCGAAUCCCAGGCGGCCGCACCACGGGGGCGUCGGUGCUGAUGGACAUGGCGUCGAAGUUGGGCGGCUCCAUGAAGGACCCACCGAAGCCGGCACGCGCGCGUCGGGGGAUGUAGGUGGCGGAGCUGCCGCUGACAGAGGGGGAAUCGUCCUGGUCGGACACGUAGGACGUGCUGCGGCCGCCAUCCUGGUCGCCACGUUUGUCGCCGUGAUUGGGGGACGAGGCGCUAGUGCUCACGGGGUCAUCUGUGCGUGGCAGAAGAGCAGAGCAGGGGAGAAAAUCAUACGUGUGGGUGGGUGUUUCCGUGUGUGGUCGGCGUGUUGUGUUGUGUCUUGUGCGUACCGUGGUAGCACUCGGCGAGCUUCUUGUAGACAUUUCGCGUGUCGAUCCGCGUGUCGUCAAUGUCGAAGGAUUGCACAAAGAGACCGAACUGAUACGCCAUGCCUGACACAGGCGACAGAGAGCCAUGAGACCCCUUCCCCCCUCCCUCCCUCCCUCCCCGCCCGCUCACUCUGUGCAGUGAGGGUGACAUCGCACGAGACCAUCAGCUGCGUCAUGUUCACCGCCGCCAGGGGCGUCACGCGGCCGAAGGACGUCUCCAUAUCGAUGGCAGGGAUGCACACCCGCACGCUGACCCUCAGAGGCGGCGGGGCGUCACUCGACCGCCGUCUGCUCUCGGCCAGGAUCUUCUCGGCCUCGCCCGGACUGCCGACGGUACGGGCCUUGUGGAUGUGCUCCUCGUCCUCGCGCGGGAGGGAGUCCUUCCUCUGACCUGGAAUGGGGGCGCCCGUGGUGUGCGAGCGGGAGAUGGUGGGCUCUGGCGGUUGCGGUGGCUCUGCGGCGGGUGUGAGUGCGGGCUGUGGGAGGUACCCCCUGCCUGUGAGGUUUUCGUUGACGAUGUCGAGUAGGAGGGUGAGCUGGGGGCGGCUGAGCUUCAUCCGGAAGCGGGAGAAGUCUAUCGAUAUCGUCAUGGGGUCACCUGAUCAACACACAGACACACAGACACGCACACAGAGAGAGGGAGAGAGUGGUCGGCCUGUGUGUGGGUGAAUGCGUGGGUAGGUGGGGGUGUGGGGUGCAUGGUACUUGUGACGAGCUCUAGUUUAGCGUCGACCUUCUCCAGCAGCUUGCCCGCCGCCUCGCCCUCGUCGCCACCACCAGCACCACCAUCGAUGCUCGCUCUCGCACUAAAGGGCUGCUUCAUGUUCAUCUGGAUGCCGCCCAUCUCCAGGUGCAGGGCGAAAUGCGGGCCGGCCUCUCUCUCGCCCAGGCCGUCCUUGAUGUGCCCCCAAUCAUCUGCCGACCUCUUGACGCGGAUGUUGGGCGUGGCCGAGGGGUACACGUACCCGUUGCGCACCUUGAGGUGGCCCAGGUCGAAGACGGCGUAGGAGCCGACGUCGCUGAGGUCCACAGACCGUUUGAGCACCAUGACCACUCGCCGCUUGGACCGAUUCAUGCGCCUGAUGCCGGGAAUGGGCGAGAGGAGAGAGACACCUCCCUCCGCAGCACCGGGUUGGUCUCGUGCGGCCGCAAUGCGUCUUCUGGUCUCCUGCCGCCUGUCGAGGAAGCUCUUGAGGUCGGGGCCGGCCAUGGGGCUGGAGGUGAGGAGGGCCUUGUCCUCGGGCAGAUGGAGCAGGGGGCACUCGACAUUGAAGGCGAAGAGGAAGUAGGAGUGGGAGGCCACCUCCUUCACCGCCUGCAGACAGACAUUCAACGCAUGAAGACGUGACACAGGCGAGGGAGGGUAUUGGCCGUCCGUGUGUGUCACUGACCUGUGCUGAUUUGGUGAUGACCACGUUGAUGAUGCCGUCACUGAGAUAAGACAGCAGCUCGCUGCAGUCCUUCUGGUAAUACAGCACGGACACCUGACCAAUCGACCACACACACGCACACACACACACGAGCGAGGUGAGGGUCUCAGCAGCACACACAACAAGAGGCUCUCUGCGGGCACCGUACCGUGUGCAGCGUACCUGGAAUAUGUCCCCCUUGAUGCAGGUGGUGUAUGGCCGCUCCACCCCCUCCCUCUUGCCAUAGCACUUGACAUCGAAACGCAUCAGCACCGCCUCCUUCUCGUCACGCCGCGGCGCCACAAUGCACCUCUCAUGGAUGUCCACCACACCGCCCCCAAUGCUCACGCUGUACCUGCUGUCCCCCUCGCUCAGCAUCUCGCCCGCCACACGGACGUCACGCAGACCCAUCCGCGAGAAGACCGCCUUGUCGCGCCAGAAGGACACGUAGGCGCCGUCGAUCACCACCUCCACCUUGGUGGUCACCUUUGCCGCCUCUGCAGCCGAUUUCUCGCUCUCCAGCGGUGGCAGGGGGGCCUCCAGGCUGAGCCCCUCUGCAAUCCGCCUCUCGGUGUCGGGCGAGAUGUCGUCUGUCUUGGUCCACUCGGUGCGAAGGGUCAGGUCUGGUGUGGGGGUCUCGCCGCCCAUUCCACCGGGUUGCUGCUGCUGUUGUUGUGAUGUGCGUGGGGUGUACUCCCGACUAAAAUGGGGCAGCACGUCUCUCUGGAUGAGGUUUGAGGCCUUGCGUGAGAUCUGCAGCGCGCCGGAGGCCUCGAAGUUGGACUUGGUGGUCUCGAAGUCCUCGAUGAUGUGCGUCUUGAGGCUGUCGAUGACGUGCACGACGUUGCUGAUGGACUGGCUGUGCCACUGCACCUCGAUGGGCGCCAGCUUCACAAACACGCUCGACACGGGCUUGCUCUGGAACCGGCACAGCAAAGACGCGCCGAGGUCCUCCGCCGCAUCCACAAAGUCCGCCUCCUCCGCAUCCUCCUCUGUGCCCUCCUCUCCUUCCCCCUCUCCCUCUGGCUCCUCUUGCUCUCGCGUGACGAGCAUCCGAUUGUCGAGAAACGGGUCCCGCACCUCGGCCUUCUCCAGAGCCACCUCAGCGGAGAAGAACUCCGUCUUGGUGUUGUACUGGCCCUUGAACGACGCACCGUUGGCCUCCACACGCAGCACCUCCUUCCUCUCCUCCUGGAAGAGGGCGAAGCCCACAUGGCGGACGAGAAACGAGGCGGUGAUCUGCCGCUCGGGGUGGGCCUCCGGGGUCCCACUAGGGCCCUCCGUGGGUGGAGGGCCCUCACUAUCACCACCACUACCACCACCAACGCCGCCGGCAUCGCUUUUCUCGCUCUCUGAAGCGGCAGACAGAGGGCGACAGAUGAUUGUUUGUUGGAAAGAAGGGGCUUCUGUUGCGUACCUUUCAUGGCUUGUGCCUUGAGUGCGCUGAGCAGGUGCACCGACGUGACGGACGAUGCCCGUUUCUCACGAGACGCCUGCCGCCCCAGAGGCAGCAGCCCCAGCCCAUCAGAGGCGUCAGCGACGGCACUCUCAGGAGCUGCCGGAAGCGCCUUAGGCUUGUCGAGCCCCCCUGCUCCCUCCUCUUUGGCUUUGGCCUGAGCCUCCUGUUCCUGCUGCCGCUGCCAUAUGACGAGUGCUGACGAGAAGGAGGUGGGGACGGCGAGGAGGAUGCAGACGGCCUCGGCCCCGACCUCAAAGAAGAUGUCGUCGAGAACCAAUGACAGAUCCACAUCCUGCAGGCAGGCAGGCAGGCAAGCAUGGUGCAUGGUGUCCUUCCCUUCCUGGGGGCGGCCUGCACGUCACCUCUCACUGACCUCGAGUUUCUUGAGGUCGAGCCUGACGUGCACAGGGACGGGCCUGAGGAUGGUGUACUCCUCGACCUUGCCGGUCUUGGCGUCCCGCCUGACGCACUUGAUCUGGGUGUCGAACAGCUCCAUCGUCACCGACACGUCCUCGUACGCACACGGGCCGUUGGUCUUGAGCUGGAAGGUACCCAGAUGGCCCUCAACCACACCAUAGCCACCCGUGUCGACUUGCAGCACAGGACCUGAUAUCAGACCACAUACACACACGCACACUCACCAUGCACAGCUUCCAUCCACCAUGAUUUUUCUCAAUCCUCUCACCGACCUGCCACUGAGAUGUCGAGUGCGAUCCUGUCCGGCACUGUGGCUGUGGUUGCGGCCUGCCUGAACCGGUCGUAUCCCUGCUCGACAAAGUCCUCCAUCAGGUCGUUCCGGAUCUGCUGCACUAUGUCGGCCUCCUCCGCCUCAGUCAGGCCACCAGCGAUGGGCGAGGGGGGCUCACUGGGCGGGAGUUGGGGGCCAGGGGGUGGACCUGCUGGCUCUUGCUCCUCGGCUGGUGCGGGCGAGGGAGGUGCUUCGCUGCGGGGGAGGGAGGGGGCGGCCGUCGAGUCAUCACGCACCUGAAUGCAUUGGCAACACAACGCAGAAGACGGAGUGUACAGUGGGUGAGUGAAUGCACCUCGUCCGUCCACUGACCGUUUCGAUUGGCGGCGGUAGCGGCUUUUCCUCUGCUACUGGUGGUGGUGGUGGUGGCGCUGGUGGUGGUGCCUCAGCUUCGGCGAGUUCCUUGACGGCCUUGGCUGCUCGCUGCGGUACGGCGAAGAAGCUGAGCAGAUCGACCAGCACUGUGGGCUCGAUCUUGAACUGAGCCGGCUGACAUCUGAGUUGGGCGCUGAGUAGGUUGCCGUCAGGUUGUAUCGAGUGGGAGAUGCGCAUGUCGGUGGCGACGCGCUCAGCCGACGACCCGGCGCCGUCUUUGAUCUCCUCCUCCUCGUGAAAAAACACCACGGGAGCCUUCCGGUGCCUGCAUCCACCACACACACACCAGCCGCAAGGCAAUCGUCGUCCAGGCAUAUGACACGCGAUGCCAUGUGUUUGUGUGUGUGCACGUGUGCGCGCGUACUUGAUAGAGAAGUCGGUCAUGGUGGUGGCGAACCUCCACUCGGUGUUGUCCCUGUCGUUGCGGUCCACCUUGGACUGCAGAUCCACCGACGCCGAAAAACCACGAACCUCCAAACCCAACAACCGGCUCUGACAGACCGAAACACAACACACAACACACAAUGCGUCCAUCCAUCCAUCCAUCCAUCCAUCCACGAGUGAUACCUCAUCAGCCGCGGCAUUAGCAGCGUCCUGUGCAGUGCCCUCCUCGGCCACGGGCGGCAGGGGUGCCGGGGGAGCCCCGCCCUUGAUCGACAUCCUCCCGCCCCUCAUGUGCUGCGUCUGGUUGGCUCGGGCGUCAUCGUGCAGCUCGAUGGAGAAGUUGGAGAGCAGGAAGGCCAGGCUGUACUUGGUGGGGAUCUCCACCUCCUCGAAGUUGUUCACAUCCUCCACUGCGUCGGUGAUUUCUUUGAUUUCGUCCGCCGUGAGGACGGGCUCCGACGUCGGCGAGGCACUCGACGCAUUGGACGCUUCGGCCUGAGACAGCAAGGAAGGAAUGGCAAUCAGACACGCGUGUGUGUGUGGUUGCAUCGAGAGCCAUGCGCGUGUGGGUGCUGUGGUUGUGUCAGGUGAGGUCAGCGUACCCCUCUCGCCCACUGCCACCAUGUCCGGUUCGCCUUCUGUUCGGCCACUGCGGCCUUCUCCUUCUGCUUGGUGCCCUCCAGGAUCCGCUCGGCCUUCUCGCGACACUGAGCACGCCACUUGGCCAACUGCACACAUCCAUCCAGACAGUGGUGGUGGUGUGUGUGUCAGUGUGUCAGUGUGUUGUCCUUUCAUACGUGUCUGACGCCGACGACGUUGUGCAGGGUCUGCAGGCGCCUCUUCUCCCCUUCGCUCAAGGCCACCGAGCCAGCCAGACCUGCAACAACACAACACAACACAAUACAGCACACCAGCCAGCAAUCACACAGCAGGUCUCCCGGGCGACCGUGUCAUGACUGCUUGCUGCUUACUGAGCUCGUAGUUGAUGUGUUUCGUGUAGAGGCUGACGAACUCGUCCCGCGUCUCGGUGCGGAUGCCGUCGGGGUCCAACCGGACAGUAGGGGCAUCGCGGAGAAGCAAACGCCGCUCCCUGACCGAUGGCGACGCAGAGAGAAAGGAUACAUCAUCAGUGUGUGUGUGUAACCCUCCAUCGAUCUCACUUGCUCUUCUGAAUGGAUGCGUCCUGUGCUACGUCCAGGAUGGUGAUGAACUGGUCCCGCGAUAUCGCUAUGCCCUGCGCCUCCUUGCCGAUCUCCAACCUACAAGACAACACACAUCGACACCCACGUUCACACACCAGGCAUCUCCUCCCUCCCUCCCUCCCCUCUCUCACCUGGCCUGCAGCUCCUUGUCCUUGGGGUCGUGGUGCACCCUCAGCCGCAGAUGCAGCGGCUUCAGCAGAUAGUGGUAGCUACACGCCCCUCCCUCGCUCUCAAGUGAAGGCGACGCGCCGGCGUCCAGCUGCGGGGAGGCCUGGGCGGCCGAGGAGGGCGCGUAUGUCUGAACGUAGACGCCGAGCCCCUCGAUGCCGGCCUCUUUGUAGAGGGCCGUCACGGACUCGGCCUUGGCGGGCUCCUCCUCGGCCGACUCGAUGGCCUUAUUCCAGAAACGAUCGGUGCUGCACCACAGAGGACACACAGAUCCCUUCAUGUGUUGUUUGGGGUGGUGGUUGAGAUGUAUGUCCCUACUUACCUGUGAAGGGAGAGUGUCUGCUGCAUGAGGCCGAUGGUAAACCCCCGUUGCUUGUCGGCGAAGGCCACGUGCACGUCAGUGACGUCGAUCUGGAUGUUGUUGACAAUCUUGUUGAGCAGCCGCAGACCCCACCCGGGCGAGGCGUCCGCUCCGCCAUUCUCGCCCCCCUGCUGCUUCUGCGCCUCCAACACAUUGACGUACUGCUGCUCACGCAACUCAACCUGCCAACCAACCAGACACACAAACAGAUCGAGCAGCAUUGGUGUGCAGUGCAUCCACACGAUGGCCGGCCGAUCCGUUCAUUAAGCCAUUCAUGUCCUGCACACCCACCUGGCUGAGUUUGGCGGCCUGCAGUUUGUUGAGAAUGUCCUGCUCGGCCUUCUGCUCGAACUGCCGCUGGCUGACGAAGAGGUGCACGGUGCGAAUGGAAAUGACGACGGGUUUGGUGUAGAGGGCCCGCCAGGGGAUCUUGAUCUCGAUUGAGUCAAUCUGUCCGUGUUCGACCUCUAGCGGCAGGUCGAGGAUGUCUGUGAUCUCGGGCUUGACCUUGAGGCUCGACAGGCUGAUGUUGCCGCUCCACACGCCCAGCUUCAGGUGGUCGCUCGUGAUGCCCUCCACAUACGGAGCCAGAAACUUGUUGAGCACCUUCAAAGAUCAACCCAUGCCAUGCAUCAUUCAAAUGUUUGUAUGGUGCUUGAUUGCAUUCACAAGGCUAGGCUGCCUCACCUUCUCCAAGAUGCUCUCAAACAUUGUCGAGAUCUGCUGCUGCUACGUACCGAAGGCGGAUG